UCUGAAGCCAACUAAUGCAAUUUUAGCCGCAAAAACAACAGAGGCAUCGGAGCAAGCAAGUCGACAGCGACAACAGAGAGUAUCCUGCCCCUCGACUAUAAGAUUCCGGUGAUCUGAUCGUCCUCUUCAAGGUGCUAGCUCGCUGCAGCUUUGCUUUCUCUUCCAGCUCCGCCCCGCUGACAGUAAGCGAGGCUAGACGUUCCUAAAUCGAGAUCCAGUGCAUGAUGGGGUUUUCCUUGUUCCGGAUGAAAACGUCGGCUCGAUUGCUGUGGAGCACCAGCUUCUUUCGCCACAAGUUCAUCGUCUUCUUCUGAGAGAAACCAUACCGGUUGGAGAUCCUAGUAUCUAACGUUACUAUAUUCAAGCAAGAUAAACUUUCUGCACCAGUAGCAGGUGGAAGAGGGGAGAUCUUUGCAGCACUCUCUCCGAUCUGAGACUUAAUCAUGGAUUCCCGCCAUCUUAUUUUCGAUUCGUCUUCGUCCCACGCCGGACACAUGCUCUUUCUUGGUGGCUCUGGAAGUCAAAUCUUCCGAGGAGCGAGAUCGGUUCUUGGGUUUGAGGAUGGCGCGAACAAGCGGCGUCCCUUUUUCACCACCGCAGAUGAGCUUUUGGAAGAGGAGUACUACGACGAACAGCACCCGGAGAAGAAGCGCCGCCUUACCACCGAGCAGGUGCAAUUACUAGAGCGGAGCUUUGAGACGGAGAACAAACUGGAGCCGGAGAGGAAGAGCGAUCUGGCGAAGAAGCUGGGGCUGCAGCCCCGGCAGGUGGCGGUAUGGUUUCAGAACCGCCGGGCUCGGUGGAAAACAAAGCAGCUCGAGAGCGACUUUGAUCGUCUCAAAUCCUCCUACGACGCGCUGCUCGCCGAUCACGACUCGCUUCUGAAGGAUAACGACCGCCUCCGCUCGCAGGUGGUAACUUUGACAGAGUUACUCCAGAAUGAACUGGGGAUAAUGGGGCCGAAGCGAACUGAAGACCUGAAAGCAACCUUACUUACCGAGGGGGAGAAACUCUCGUCUCCACCACCCGCUCCGUCGCAGCAGAAAGGGGAAGACAGGCUUAGUUCUCAGAGCAAAGGACGCACAUUAGAAGAUGCUGAAGGCGCCGCCGCUCUUCAGGUAGACAGUAGCGGGGACUCUUACUUCCAAGAGAGCCUGAUCGAGGGUAACGCCGGCUGCUACAUCGGCGAGAUCCAGGGAGCAAUUUGCUCUGAGGAGGACGCUGUCAGCAGCGAUGAUGGCUGCAGCUAUCUCCCCCGCGGCAUGUUCGUGGAGGCUUCGGAGGAAGAUAACUGGUGGGUUUGGAGCUGAACGAGAAUGGAUGCAGGCUCUGGUUUGUGUUUCCAUUCCCACUCUGUGCUUACAAUGAAACUGUUUUAAGAGCUGUAGUUUGGAUCCGUUUGUGAUUGUUGUUGGUGUUUUGUGAAUUUGAUUUGCUGUUUGAUGUAUUGUGCUGUAAUGAUAUGAAUGCCUCCAAUAAAGGUGUUUUGGGGAGAA